CCUCUCUGCUCAGUCCGAUGGCUGCACGCUCCCACAGUCUGCAGCAGAAAUGUCCUCUGAGCGUUAGGGGAAAGGCAAAGAAUUUUUUUUUUUUGUCCUGGAUAUUAUCAGGAAGCUCAGGAAAGCAGUUGUUCUGGACUAAUGAGCAAAAUGGACUUUAUGCUGUGGCUCUUUUGCACAGUGUGAUGACAGCUGCUGCACUGAUAGACUCCGAUGACGUCAUCACGCGAGACGAGCAGAUCUAUGUUCUGAUUGGUGCCCAUGCCAGGUGUGAGAGGAGCAUCCGGGCCCAAAUGGCCCUCAUUAGAGAUGGGGACUGCGCUCCGGAGUGGGAUGGGAUCAUCUGCUGGCCCCGAAGCAGAGCGGCCCAGCUGGUCUCAGUGCAGUGUCCGGCAUACAUCUAUGACUUCAACCACAGAGGGCGAGCAUACCGCCAGUGUGAUGUGUCAGGGAACUGGGAGCUGGUGCCCAGUAACAACCGCACAUGGGCAAACUACACGGAGUGCACCCGAUACCUGACCUCCAACCACAGAAACCUGGAGGAGCAGGUCUUUCAGCGGCUCCAUCUCAUGUACACUGUCGGCUACUCCGUUUCUCUGGCAUCGUUGUUGGUAGCAAUAUCCAUCCUUUGCUAUUUCAAGCGCCUCCACUGCACACGCAACUACAUUCACAUUCACCUCUUCACCUCCUUCAUCUGUCGAGCUGUUAGCAUCUUUGUGAAGGACGCUGUGCUCUCCUCCAUAUCUGACACCAACAGAACCGAGUCUGAGUUCACAGCAGUGAAACCGCCCAUGGCUGGUUGUAAAGCUGCUGUUACCCUCUUCCUGUACUUCCUGGCAACCAAUCAUUACUGGAUUCUGGUGGAGGGAUUGUACCUCCACAGCCUCAUCUUUAUGGCUUUCCUAUCUGACAAGAACUACCUGUGGGCCCUCACCAUCAUGGGCUGGGGCGUUCCAGCGGUGUUUGUGUCCAUUUGGGUCAGCGCACGAGCUUCGUUGGCAGAUACUCAAUGCUGGGACAUCAGCGCCGGAAACUUGAAGUGGAUCUACCAAGUUCCCAUUCUGGCGGCCAUUGUGGUGAAUUUCCUCCUUUUCCUCAACAUAAUCCGUGUUCUGGCCUCUAAACUGUGGGAAACCAACACGGGCAAACUGGACCCUCGGCAGCAGUACAGGAAGCUGCUGAAGUCCACCCUGGUGCUGAUGCCUUUAUUCGGCGUCCACUACAUCGUUUUUAUGGCCCUCCCGUACACCGAGGUUACCGGGCUGCUGUGGCAGGUGCAGAUGCAUUACGAGAUGUUUUUCAACUCUUCCCAGGGUUUUUUCGUGGCCUUCAUCUACUGCUUCUGCAACGGCGAGGUGCAGGCCGAGGUGAAAAAGGCUUGGUUGAGACGCAGCUUGGUCAUGGACCUCAAACAGAAAGCCAGGAUGACGAGCAGCGGCGGGGGGAGCUGCUACUACGGCGGCAUGAUGUCCCACGCCACCACCCACAGCGUCUGCGUGGUCGCCACUCAUCCCAGAGCUUUUUCCUUCACAGGAGGGACGACGAGCUCGGGAGGGGCCGCCGGCGGGUCAGGGGUCAGGCCGCCCCGACACUCUGCCCCGUCGGCUCUCCACCACAACCACAGCAGCGUGUGCGUCUUCGUCCCCAGCUCCGCGGAGACCCCGGGCCCCCAGCAGGACCCGGCCGUGUGGAAACCGGGGAGGGCUGAGUCAGGGCUUUUCGCCCGGCAUACCAGAGCCAACAAAGGGAACGAUAACUGCGGCGGUAACGGAGCAGACGACCCAGACGGCUCCUUAUCUGUGAAGGAGCUGGAAACUAUUUUGUAAUCUUUGCUGGUGGAAAAGUACAGAGUUUGCGGGUAGGAGAAAGUGCCGUCCAAAAGUAUUCAUACCUCUUGAAGCAGUAAUGCUUUUUUUAUAUAUAUGGGCUAUAUAACCCACGCCCAGAGCGCCAUUUUUUUUUUUUUAUCAGGGGAAGGUUCCAAUAUCCUGAAUAAAGACACGCCCUGAAUUAGAUUACUUCUUAGUCUAAUUUAUAUGUGGUUUGAAGAUUCCUAUUCGGCAUUAAAUCAAAGGGUUAUUUCACAGUUGAAUGGGGUGUGAAUCAGUGUUGUAGGACUCGAG